ACAGCUGCUACUGUCUCUUUAAAUUUACCCAGGAGCCCCUAAAGGAGCCCCAGGGGCCCCUAAGCUCGGCUCUCCACCCUGAAGACAAGCAGAUCAUCUAAAUACAAACAGGAGACCGCUUAAAGUCACCGACCAUAAGAUCUGCACUCCAACCUCGAUCUAAAUGCGACUUGUAUCGUCACGUAAAGUUAAGUUUACUUAAACCAAAAAGCAAUCAGCGGCGAGGCUUCAGUGCAGACACACACACACACACACACAAACACACACACAGUGUAAUGGGUGAGUGCGUGUUUCAGAUAUUUAGUCAACCACCCGACGAAUGCAUCUACGAAAUCCUCCGCUUGUGAGUUCAUCGUACAAAAGGUGGGUACUUGAAAACAUCACACAGGUAUGGAUGAAGCGGAGUCCAAAGAGUCGGUGCACAAAGCUGAACAGACAGAAUCUCGCUCAUUAAUAAUAAAAACUGAGGAAGAGGAGGCGACACCGCAGCGGGGACACUCGGGGGAGCUCUCAGCAGCUCAAGAGGAUGUGACCAAUGGUCUCACAUCUCAUGACAGCCAGGAUGCUCCUGUCACCUCUGUCUGUUCCCCAGGCACCAGUUACUGGUGUGUCUCUGAGAGCGCAGACUCGCCUUUCCUUCUGUCUCCCAUCCCAGGACCAUCCACAAAGGACCCCCCUCCAGUAAAGCAAACACCUGGCCGAGACCACCGGCGCUAUUACCACGAGUACUGGCGCAGCGAGUACCUCAUGGACUUCGAGCCACAGAGACAAGGGAUGAUCUGCAUGGUGUGUGGCAGUUCACUGGCAACCCUGAAGUUAAGCACCAUCAAGAGGCACAUCAAUCAGAAGCAUCCGUACUCCCUGCUGUGGAGCGAGUCAGAUAAAGAUGUGAUCCGCUCGGGAUGGGAGAGUCAUUUGAAUCGAGAAAACAGCCAGGGGCCGUUAUGUCCCACUCCAGAUGUUCCUCCAGAGUCACAGGAGAUUCUGGAUGUUAACAGGCACUCCACAGGCAAGUCUGGUGGUUCCAUCUCUCCAGUACUUCAGGCCCAGUCUGACAUUAACAGGGUCACGCCAUCCCCUCCGACCGUCUCCUUGCUCCAGGAGCUCCCGGGCCCCACAGCUCAGGUGAUGGAGCGCUACCUGAACGACUCGCUGCAUGCCUGGUUCCGCCAGGAGUUCCUGAUGGAAUACCAGGCGGAAGAGGGCCGUCUAGUAUGCAUGGUAUGCAGCCGUCUGCUACCUUCACUGCACCUGGAUCACAUCAAGAGUCACAUGCUGGAUCUGCACCCAAACUCUCUGCUGUACAGCGCUGAGGAAAAGCACUCCAUCCUGCAGACCUGGGCUAAGAUGCACGGUGAAGAAUCCUACUCUUUACAGCCUCAAAUCAAAUCGGAACAGCAUACCAAAGAAAUAAACUUAGACGGUUCAGCCUCAUUCAUUCCUGUGAACGUGGAUCCCCUUCAGGGAAACUUGGUGAACUACAUAAGAGGAGAUGAGAAUCCACCUGACACUGGUCAGAGAGCCCAGUCUUUACCUUAUCAUCCCAGAAAGAGAAGACUGAAAUGCGGCAGCCCCUGGCGUCUUCGCCUGGAUUAUUUAGUGGCAUACGGUCCUCCGGAAAACCCGCUCUGCUACUGUAUGGUGUGUUCUGAACACAUGCCUGUGCCAAGGGUCAGCAUCUUCCGCAAACACAUCCAGGAGUGCCAUCCGGAGACAAGUGGCCUCAGCCGGAGUGAGAGAGAUGCUGUGGUCAGCGCUUGGAUAAAGGAGGAGAAUAUCGACAAGGCUACACCAAAAGAGGAUGACCCACAGAGUGGCCCUGUCACUGCAAACGCUGCUGGUGACACUCAGGUGUCUCCUGUGAAAACCACAGAGCAAGGAGGUAAAACAGAAGACAAUAAUAGCACAAAUAUUACACCUUCAAGGCAGACGCCUUCACGGCACAGGCACUACCCGGGGAAGGACCAGCGGCGCAAUUAUCAGGCCCGCUGGAAGAUGGACUUCCUGAUGGACUACAACUGCAGGAAGCACGGAUUGAUCUGCAUGGUGUGUGGUGCUACGCUCGCAACACUAAAGGUCAGCACUAUUAAGAGACACAUUCUACAAGUGCACCCUCACUCGCUGGACUACAACCCAGAAGAGAGGCAGCUGGUCCUGCUUUGCUACAACCAGAUCUCAGCGCACUUUCAUUCAGAUGACUGUUUUUCGGGUUCGAACCACGGCCAUAAAGAGAAUGAUAAUGGUAAUGCUUAUGUUAGUACCGAAUGCAAUACGAGCCAGAGCACUUAAAUGAAAGAGAAGGGUUAGGGAUGAGUUUUCAACAUCCUGUUUUUUGUUUUCCUUCACUCAGGAAGUUUGCUGCGUUGUUAAACCCUUUUUUCUUUUUUAAAGAAUGUGACGUUGGAUUUUUUUGU